AUGCCACGACGACGCCGCCCCCCACGACCCGGCGCACUCGCGGAUCUCUCCCCAACCCGCAUCCUCACCCAGAUUGUGCUCCUGCAACUAGCCUACUAUGCAUGCGCCGGCAUCCUCAUCGUCUUCACCGCUCUGGUAGCUGGCAAGGAGGUCAGCACCGAUUUGAUCUUUAGCUGGCAGAGUCUGCGCGGCGACACGGCGGUUGGAUGGACACUGGGGCUGGUUUGGGUCCUGAACAGCCUCACGUGCGCCAUCUUCAUGCUGCUCCUGAUUGCGCGCUCAAAACUCGUCCUUGACUUUGCCCUGACCGUACACUUCAUUCACCUCAUCGUGACCUCCUUAUACACCCACGCCAUACCCGCCAACCUCUUCUGGUGGGCGCUGCAACUGUGUAGCGUUACUAUCAUGACUUGUCUCGGUGUCUGGGCCUGCCAAUGGCGCGAGUUACGGCCCAUCAACUUUGGAAGCAAGACGCCCGCGCGACAACAACCCGCUGCCGAGGACGAAGGGGGUGAAUCGAGAGGGAGAGGGAGGGGCAGGGGAAGAGACGGAGCCGGCGAGUAUGAGAUGGUCGGUAUGACAGAUGCAGACAAUGUCUGA